CGAGUGUCAAAGGAACAAUAUUGGGACGAUGGGCAAGGAUGCACAAGAUAAGAAGCCAGACCUUUAUGGCAACUCGGCAGAUUUUGGCCCUCCCGGGGUCGGUAAUCAUGAGAUUGCGGACUCGUCGUCGAUUCCGAUAUGCGGGCUCGUUGGUAUAAUGGGAUUUUCGCACGCCAGAAACAUCCCCUCGAUUCUCAAGCCAGUAGUGCCUACUACCCAUAGCCUGGUUGAACUGCGUAUCUCUGAAAUACAAAAGCGAAGACUGCAAGAAAGACUGAUGACGUCGCUGCUACCCUCCUGGGACAUGGCUGAGCGGCAAACGAGCAUUGUAUUCUCGAGCUGGGAAAGCACCUACACUAUCGGCGAUUUCCCAUGGACUGGCAGUUCUGCAUUUACCCUCCUGUCACCUACGGAAUCGGAGGAAGAGCAGCGGGGCUCCAAAUCUGACAUGCAUUUGAAGUCUUACGAAGGCCACGGGGGUGUUCUUGUUCAUAUGGCGAUCUUCAUAUCUCCUUUUACAAUUUUGGCCAUCUGCCUCCUUUGGGCAGUCUCCAAUGCUGCUUAUGUUGCCGUUGCAGACAUCAAACCUGCCGUUGCUAUUGUUGCUGAGACGGAGGCAGCCGGCGCACCGCUUCAAAGUUCAGAGAUUCGACAAUUGACGGACGAGGUGGUUGACCGUAUUGCCAGUGAUGAGCUCACAGCUGGUCAUCAUGCAACUGCCGCGUGCAAGAUCUUCCCCGGCGACCCUGGCUGGCCAGUCGAGAGCGUCUGGAAUGUCUUCAACGCUCUUCUCGGGAACGCCCUGAUCCCUACAAAACCUCUGGGUGCUCCUUACCCUACCGCCAACUACUGGCCCAUAUUCCAAGGCCGUACAUGCAAGGCAAAGAACGACGCCUCGGGCUCUGAAUGCACCAUCGGGGGCUAUCCAGCAUAUGCGGUCAACAUCACGAGCGUCGCACAGAUGCAGCUCGCCAUAAACUUUGCCCGCACGACUAACAUGCGCCUGGUGAUCAAGAAUACCGGCCACUGCUACCUCGGAAAGUCUUUGGGUGCUGGUGCGCUGAGCUUGUGGAUGCACAACAUGAGGGAUAUCGACUUUUUGCCCGACUACAAGGGCCCCGGAUACUCUGGCCCAGCCCUGAAGUUGGCUGCUGGCGUGACCGUGAGGGAGGCGUAUGAGGCAGCCGAGAAGUACAAUGUUACCAUCCUGGGUGCGAUAUCUUGGAGUGUCGGCUACGCCGGUGGCAUGAUUACUGGCGGAGGCCAAAACCCCCUCGCCGGCAUAUACGGAAUGGCUGCAGAUCACGUCGUGGCCUUCCAACUGGUAACUGCUGAUGGCAGACUGCGGACCGUCUCCGAAGACGAGAGCCCUACUCCAGGCUCAGCCAGAUCAAGAGGAAGUGGUAUCCCAGUGGUGUGUUUUAUGCCGUCACCGCCGUGGGAAGUGAGGGGUGGGUGGUCGAGGAUGGGGUGA